CCACAGUGGCUGAAUUGUGGCACGAGCUUCAUUUCCUCCAACCCUUGAGACUCAGUCUCACCCAACCCCAUCAGGAGAUGCAAUGCGACGAGUAGUAGUCACAGGAAUAGGGCUCGUCACGCCCCUUGGAAUAGAUGAAGGUGUCCGUCGAACAUGGCAGCGCUUGCUAAACGGGCAAUGCGGCAUCACAUCCACCAAAGACAGAGGUCCUCAAUUUUCAGUACUACCAAGUCAAGUCGCUGCUGUUGUACCUGAAGGGUUGAGAGAGCAUGGGAAUUGGAACUCCAAAGAGUUUAUGAAAGCUGGGGAUGAACGCCGCAUGGCGAAAUUUGCACAGUAUGCUAUGGUGGCGUCAGAGGAAGCUCUGAACGAUGCCGGCUGGACACCCACUACAGAGGAUGAACUCGAAGCUACUGGUGUCUACAUCGGCUCAGGCAUUGGAAGCUUAGACGAUGCGUAUAACACAGCCAUAGCUUUCGAGAAAGGCGGCCACCGGAAGGUGUCUCCUCUCUUCGUCCCGCGGCUCCUCAUCAACCUUGCAGCGGGUCACAUUUCAAUGCGAUACGGCUUUAAAGGGCCGAACCACGCGGCCACAACAGCUUGUACAACAGGAGCCCACAGUAUUGGCGACGCAUCGCGUAUGAUCCAAAUGGGCGACGCUGACGUAAUGAUCGCUGGUGGUGCAGAAUCAUGCAUACACCCUCUCGCUAUCUCGGGUUUCUCAAGAGCUAGGAGUUUGGCUACUGAGUUCAAUGAUCGCCCUACUGAAGCUAGUCGACCUUUUGAUAGAGAUCGAGACGGAUUCGUCAUCGGCGAGGGCGCUGGAGUUGUCGUUCUCGAGGACUUCGAGCAUGCUAAAGCCCGAGGAGCUCGUAUCUAUGCAGAGGUUGCUGGGUAUGGCUUGUCAAGCGACGCAUAUCACAUGACUGCACCUCGCGAAGAUGGGCAAGGCCCCCGACUUGCAAUGAAGAAAGCACUGAAGCAUGCUGGCAUCAAGCCAGCUGCUGUUGACUACGUCAACGCACACGCCACAAGCACGCCUCUUGGUGAUGCAGCGGAGAACAGAGCCAUUAAAGACCUGCUACUUGGUGAAGAUGGCAUAACAAAUGCUAGUGAUAUCAAUGUCAGUAGUACAAAGGGUGCUAUCGGGCAUUUGCUUGGAGCCGCUGGCAGCGUUGAAGCGAUCUUUACAAUUCUUAGCUUGCACAAUAAUGUUCUGCCACCGACCUUGAACUUGCGCAACGCAGCAGAAGAGUUCAACUGCAACUACGUUGCGAACGAAGCGCAGCAAAAACACGUUGAUGUUGCAAUGUCGAAUAGCUUUGGGUUUGGGGGGACCAAUGCGUCGUUGUGCUUUCGCAAACUUCAAUAGAGUCGAAGUAAGACCAACGUGUACAAGAAUGAUGGUCUAAUGGACAGUAGCUCAAAUGACCACUCUGGAAAUAAUGAUC